AUGGAGCGCAACGGCGUCAUCAAGCUCAUCCCACGCAGCGCCGUGCCACGACAGCACACGCCUCUCAAGUCACGCUUCGUCUUCAAGGUGAAGCGUGACGCUGAGGGCGCGCCGACGCGCUUCAAGGCACGCUGGGUCGCCAAGGGCUUCAGCCAACGACCGGGCAUCGACUUCGACCAGACCUACGCCCCAACACCAGCAGCCAAGACCAUCCUCACUGUGCUCGCCGUCUCCCUGCAACGACAGCACCAGCUGCACCAGCUCGACUUCAAGUCGGCUUACCUGCAGGCUGAUCUCAAGGAGGAGCUGUACAUGGAGCUGCCGCCGCACUUCACCGACAUCGGCGACGGCGCUCAACGCUACGCGGGCAAGGUGUGCCGGCUGUUCAAGCCGCUGUACGGCCUCAAGCAAGCUGGCCGUGCAUGGGCCAAGAAGCUGCACACCUUCCUCAAGACCAACGGAUGGGCGCAGAGCAAUGUCGACGCCUGCCUCUUCACCAAGCUCCACGACGACGGACAGCGCACAUGGAUCAUCACGUACGUUGACGACCUCAUCAUCAGCAGCAGCAGCGAGCGUCACAUCCGUGCCUGCAAGCAGCAGAUCAAGGAGAGCUUCGAGGCAGAGGACCUGGGCCCGCUCACCUGGUACCUGGGCCUUCACCUGACGUCACCAGCUGACGGGGUGUUGCACAUUACGCAGACACAGGCCAUCAACGACAUCGUCAACGACUACAACCUGGCAGCGGCAGCCAGCGUCUCCACGCCCAUGCGUGUUGGCAUCGACGCCUCCAGCAUCAGCGAGCAGCCCGACCGACGCCUGCCUUUCCGCAACCUCGUCGGCUCGCUCCUGUACCUGGCCAACCGCACGAGACCAGACGUCAGCUUCGCGUGCGGACUGCUCUGCCGUUACAUGGACCGUUACACGACGGUCCACUGGCAGGCAGCCAAGCACGUCGUGCGGUACCUGAAGGCGACGAGCGAGCACGGCCUCCUCUUCAAGCGACGCAGCGGCACGUGCAAAGACCAGCCGCUGAACCUUGUGUGCUACAGCGAUGCCAGCUUCGGAACAGACCAGCUGACGGGCCGCUCCACGACGGGCUUCACCUGCUACAUCAACGGCUUGUUGUGA